AUGGCAUCUGGCGGUGCGGAAGAUCAACAACCGCUUGAUAUGAUGAAACUCACCGCGUUAUUUAAAGUAUCCAAUAUUGCGACCUUUAUCUCGGCCUUUUUUCAAUCCCUGCAUUGGCAUUUGCCGAUUAUCCAUUUCCCAACAUUUGAUCCCGGGAAUGUAUCAAACCCGCUCCUGCUCGCAAUAUUUCUGUCGGGCGCAACAUAUACAACACCCUUGGACAGUGCAUCUCUUUCGCCUUGGAUUUUCGAUGCGGCAGAGGAGUAUAUAUUCCGAAAGAUUCUGAACCUGACGAAAACACCAACCUCAAAGGAUGGAAUGCAUAUCCUGCCCACGGUGCAGUUGGUACAAGCCGCCCUCGUCAUGGAAAUGCUUCAGUUCGGCCGUGAUGAUAUGCAAACGAGGCGUCGCAUUCGUAUAAUGCGGCACCCAUUCUUGGUGUCCACGAUUCGGUCAUUGGGAAUUUUUCAGUUGAAGCGACGCACUGCACCUGCAACACACGACGAUCGGACAUGGAGGAUUCUUGUCGCCGAGGAAGUGUGUAUACGAAUUGCGUGCUGGGUCUUCUUAGCCGAUGGGUUCCUCACAGUCUGUUUUAAGAAUCACCCAGCUUUGUCGAUUUUUGAAAUGGAUUGCCAUUUGCCCUGGUGCGCCGAGCUAUGGGAAGCCGAGGAUUCGGCCUCCUUCGCUCAGAUUGUGGCAACACAAUCUACCGAACUUCCCAUACCACCUCUACGAGACGUGGUCACACAAUUAUUAGAAACCCCGGAAUCAGAGGCCCCCAUUCCAUGGAGUCUUGCGUUGUCCGCGGAAAAUCUAUUGAUUCUCAUAUACGCCAUGAGUUCCCUUGCCUUUCAAACAAGAACAGGACUUUUGAAAUUCCUUCCACUCGAGACAAUCAGUCGUGGGGCUAAGAAUUGGAAACGGAUAUGGGAUUCAGUGACCGUCUCACUUGACCAGAAGCAUUUUCUUCAUCUCGGCUAUCCCAAACACGCUGAAGAAUUGUGGUGGCUCCUAACGGCAACUCUGGAUAUUGCAGAUCAACCAGAGGCAGGUCUUGCAUAUCUUAAUAAUAUGGCAACCGAUGAACUGGGCAACUUGAAUGAUUUCAUGCAGCAUUUAAGUGGCGCUAGCAGAGUACAACAUGAAUAA